GACCUGCGAUCGGGACAGUAAUCCUUGGGCUCUGCGCCGCUCUGCUGCCUCGCGCUCACAUGAUACUAUCUGGCACUCUCUGGUGUCGGUUGUUAGCAACUCUAUCCUCGUGUCGGACCUAAGCCAUCAGUUCAGUGUUAUCAGUGAUUCGUGUGUUUGUUGUGAUAUGUUGUACACUCCAUUGUGCAUUUAUGGAAAGUGAUCGUACGGGCUAUGUUAUCUUUGGAUUAUGCUUCUUAUGGGAAAGGCGGUCGCUUAUACCCCACGUACCCUGUGAGUGGCAGUGACGGUGAAGACAGCUCUCCUAGGCUCGCCAGGCGGACACCUCUGUAUCAACAACCCGCAGGGCUCAGUGACACACCGACAUCGGACAACGCGUCUGACGCUACUCUUACUGAUUCUGAACUAGCGCUCGCCAGAGACUCUACCCUGCUUGUCCAUAACGGAUGCCUUGUAGACUCGCUGCCCCCCGAUGUGCCGCCCCGUAAUCCUACCAUGAGUAGGUUGAACGGCAGAGUCUCCGGUCACCCGCACGACCGCGACAGGGACCCUGACUUUGAGCCAUCCUGCGUCGUGCGGACCCCCUCAGGCAACGUCUACAUCCCCGCAGAUGCUCAUAAAGGGACCCUCGACUACAAAUCAAAUUCUUCUUGUAGUAGUCCUUCCAAAGUGGAUAUCCAGAAGAACUCUGAAAGAUGUUCUCUGGGUUUUGGCCCUCCAGUUCCUGUUCUGCCAGUCAGGAAUAACCUACGACGGCCCAAUAGCAGUCAUCACUUUGGCAGCCCACCUCGCUUCCAAUUCCAGAAGAGCUUUGCGUCCAGAUGCUCCUGGAAAUGCACCGCAAUUGUCUUCAUUAUUUUAUCUUUAGUUCUUACAGCAGCUGUAACAUAUAUGUCAAUGGCUAACUUACUACAUUGGUCUUACCAUGGUGGAACUCCUUGCUCAGUUUUAGUAGGAGAAGAAACAAGUGAAUCAGCGGCCAAAGCUUCGGUGUCAGAUGUUGGUAAUAGAAAUUAUUCAUCAGGGCGUCAGAGGCCUUCUCAGCCAUCACAGAAUACUGGAGGUAUUUACGUUUUGGCCCCUUCACAGUCUCGGAAGCGUAGAUCCUUGGACACACAGCAUGACCCCAUUCCCAGUGUAGUGAAUGUUGAAAUGCAUGAUUCCACCGUAGAGAUCCUUUCAGAGCAUGAGUCUACAGAUUAUGAAAUUUCGUCUGCUUCUGUUUUGUCCUCACAAGUGACUAACACUGCUUACUCUGUCGGCCAAGAGAGCACUACUGCUCCUGUGUCUGAUUCACAAGAAGCUACUAACACACCUGCUUCAACUUCAGGUACUAUUUUUGAUAAACACAAAGAUGAUUUUUCAACAACUGCGGAAACUUCAGAAUCCUCAACUGAAAUUAUAACACUUGCACCCAAGAAACCAGCUCUUAAAUCUAUUGAUUCCUCAAUAGUGAAAGGGCCUAAUCACAACUUUUACAAACAAAAUAUAAUCAGGAGGAUGCAAGACAUGAUAUUGGCUGGUCAUAUGAGUGAAUCAAUUGAAUUCAGUAAUUUAAAUAAUAUAAAAAGUGAUGAUUCAACAUUUAUUUCUUCUCGUGACGCAUCAUCAUCUCACAUUAGCAUUCCAUCUCUACCUUUUUUGAAGCAGCUUGAAAAUAAUAAAACAAUACCAACCAAAGUAAAAUUUGAAAACAACACUUACGACUUUCAAUCAGACUCACCUGUACCACCAUACAUUUUUGGACAGAGUCCUUUACAACAAUUAAGAAAAGUAGAAACCAUUCUACAUCCAUUAACUGUGAAACAAAUAAAAAAACAGAAUAAUGAAGAAAGAUAUAAGACUCAUUUAGUUGGUUCUAUUGUAAGAGCUGAAAAGUUACCUCAGAACAAAAUUGUCCAAGUAGACACAGACUCUGGCUUCAAGUAUGGUGAAGAAGAAGAGGAUGAUGUCGAAAUUUUUAAACUUGAAAGUUUUGAAAAAGAAAUACAAGAGGCCACUGAUGAAGAUUACUCAGAAACGAAGGAAGAAUCAGAAUCAAAAUUGAAGAAGUUUUCUCCUUCAGAAGGCAGUAGCUUUAAAAAUAGAACUUCAUCUGAAAACAAUAUUACUACAGAAAACACAGUUCAAGCUUCUUCAAAAUUUGAAACAACUGAGUCAUCUACAGUACAUCCUUCUAUUGCACCUAACCCAAAUGUGAUUUCUCUAACUUUUCCCAAUGACAAUUUGCAUGGUAGUGGAAACAGAUUGUUUGUGAACGUCACAAUAGCGACUAGUGACACCUCAAACAAAGCUUCUUCUUCCUCUGCUUUAAACCCUAUUUACGUCCUGUCAUUGUCUCUACCCACUGGGAACAACACUGGAGACAUUAACAUUCACCCUCCUGUAGUGCCAAAUUUAGAGAACAAACUUUCCAGUGUUAAAACUGACAAUUUUAAGGCAGCAACAUUAAUACCUGGCUUUAUUAACCGUGGUGGAGAAUGCCAGUGUUCCUGUCCGUGUCUCUCUAACCCAAAUACUGAAGAAAAACAUUCAGAUAUUGAAAGUCACAUUAACAUGUUUUCAGGCAAUUCUUCAGAAUCUGAAGAGUUGUUAACUGUUACUCAGGAUUACAACAGUGAUAAUGAAUCAACAAAUGGGUUUUCUUCAGCAACAACAGAAUACAUUGAACCAAGCAGUACAGAUAUAUCUGAUGUUUAUGGAACAGAAUCCAGUACAAUAUUAGAACCUGAUGCGACAACGACUGACAAAGUGGUGAUGGAUUUUUACACACCAGAUACUUCUACAGAGGAUUCAACAGAUAUUAACUUUAGUAGACUUUCAGAUAUUAUUAUCCCAACACCAGAAACUGUUAACCUAGAACCUGAUACUGUAGAAAAUGUAAUUGAAGAAGACACUGAAGAUCCUGAAAAGGUGUCUUCUACAGUAAUUCCUCUUGAGUGUCCAAGGGUUACUCCUCAGCCUCCGACAGUUCUCAUUUUGGAAGGAGGCAAACUUCCAGCUAGAUCUUUCCCUCCAGACGGAACAACGUUUUCUCAGAUAACCUUGGGCCAGAAGUUAAACAACGAAAUCGCUCCAUAUGGAUAUUGGAAUAUGCAGUUUUACCAGUCAGAGUCUGCAUAUAUCAAGUUUGACUACAGCAUCCCCAGGGGCGCCAGCAUCGCAGUGUAUAUUAGGCGUAAUGCACUGCCAACCCACACGCAAUACAACAUCCUAGAAGUCCUUAGUGGCUUCAAGGCUAGGCAGACGAGGGCUUCACAUUCGUUGGUGAAGAAAGAAGUGACACACUUCCUGGAGCCUGGCCACUGGUUCCUGUCUUUGUACAAUGAUGACGGUGACGCCCAGGAGGUGGCAUUCCAAGCUUCCAUCUCUGAGGACAUGACCCAGAACUGCCCAGGAGGCUGCAGUGGAAAGGGAGAGUGCCUUAUGGGACACUGCCAAUGUAAUCCUGGCUUUGGCGGAGAAGACUGUAGCGAGAGUGUGUGCCCUGUGCUGUGCAGCCAGCGAGGGGAGUACAUCAAUGGUGAGUGCCAGUGUAACCCUGGGUGGAAAGGGAAGGAAUGCAGCCUACGACAUGACGAGUGUGAGGUCCCAGACUGCAAUGGCCAUGGUCAUUGUUCUAAUGGGAAGUGUGCUUGUGCUAGAGGCUUCAAGGGCAAAUUUUGUGAGGAAGUGGACUGUCCACAUCCUACAUGCUCUGGACACGGGUUUUGUGCUGACGGAACUUGCCUGUGCAAGAAGGGCUGGAAGGGAGCGGACUGCAGUGAGACAGAUAACGAGGCGCUCCAGUGUCUACCUGACUGCUCGGGACAUGGUGCCUUCGACUUGGAGACCCAGACAUGUCAGUGCGAGCCCAUGUGGUCGGGCGACGACUGCUCCAGAGAACUGUGUGACCUCGACUGCGGUCUGCAUGGACACUGUGUGGGCGAUUCCUGUAUGUGCAACCCUGGCUGGUCUGGGGAAUACUGCAACCUCAAACAGUGUGAUCAAAGGUGUAACGACCAUGGCCAGUGCAAGAAUGGAACUUGCCUGUGUGUGACGGGGUGGAAUGGAAAGCACUGCACACAGGAGGGAUGUCCCAACAGUUGCUCGGGCCAUGGCCAAUGUCGAGUCAACCAGGACAGUCAGUGGGAAUGUCGCUGCUCAGAGGGCUGGGAUGGAGCUGACUGCAAUGUGCUUCUAGAGCAGAGCUGCAACGAUGGCAGAGAUAACGAUAAAGAUGGUCUAGCUGACUGUGAGGAUCCUGAAUGCUGCUCUCACCACCUGUGCCGCAGCAGUCAGCUGUGUGUGUCUGCCCCUAAGCCGAUCGACAUCCUUCUUCGUAAGCAACCACCUGCAAUUACUGCAUCUUUCUUCGAGAGGAUGAAAUUCCUUAUUGAGGAUGGCAGCCUACAAAACUAUGCCAGACCAGAGACCUUCAAUGAAAGUGUGUUCUGGAACCACUUCAACGCAAGCCGCUCUGCUGUGGUGCGAGGACGAGUCGUCACAGCAAUGGGCAUGGGACUGAUGGGUGUGAGAGUCAGCACCAGUACUCCGAUGGAAGGAUUCACUCUGACACGUGAAGAUGGUUGGUUUGAUCUACUGGUCAAUGGAGGUGGAGCCGUCACGCUACAGUUUGGCCGCAGUCCAUUCCGCCCACAAACUUACAUUGUCAAUGUUCCAUGGAACGAGGUGGUAAUCAUAGACACAGUGGUGAUGUGGACGGGAGAAGACAAGACUGUCAGUAUGGGCCCUCAUGCCUGCCGAGCUCAUGAUUACGAUCUCAUGAAGCCUGUCGUCUUGGCAACAUGGAAACAUGGAUUCCAAGGAGCAUGCCCAGACAAAAGCUCCAUCCUUGCAGAAUCACAGGUGGUUCAGGAGAGUUACCAAGUUCCUGGAACCGGUCUGAACCUAGUGUACCAUAGUUCUCGGGCCGCUGGAUACCUCUCUACGAUCCAGCUGCAAUUGACUCCGGAAACCAUUCCCUCCUCUCUCACUCUGAUACACCUCAGGAUAACUAUUGAGGGAAUCUUGUUUGAGAAGACAUUUGAAGCUGACCCUGGGAUAAAAUUUACAUAUGCUUGGAACCGUCUGAAUGUCUACAGGCAAAGAGUGUAUGGGGUAACAACAGCAUUGGUGAAAGUCGGAUACCAGUACACAGACUGCAAGGAUGUACUUUGGGAUGUCCAAACAACCAAGCUGUCAGGUCAUGAUAUGAGCAUCUCAGAGGUUGGAGGAUGGAAUCUGGACAUUCAUCACAGAUACAAUUUCCAUGAAGGCAUUCUUCAGAAAGGAGAUGGCUCUAACAUGUAUCUGAAGCACAAGCCACGGAUCAUCCGCACAACUCUGGGCGAUGGUCAUCAGCGACCUCUGGAUUGUGCAGACUGUGAUGGUGCAGCUGGUCCUAAACAGCGGCUCCUGGCGCCGGUGGCACUGGCUGCUGCUCCAGAUGGUUCAAUCUAUGUUGGGGACUUCAACCUGGUCCGGCGGGUCAUGGUGGAUGGCACUGUUAGAACAGUUGUUAGACUCAAUGUGACAAGAGUGGCCUACCGGUACCACAUUGCUCUAAGUCCCCUGGAUGGAACCCUAUACAUCUCUGAUCCAGAAUCUCACCAGAUACUGAGAGUUCGCAACCCUGAUGACUUCUCUGAUCCAGACCAUAACUGGGAGGCUGCUGUUGGCUCAGGGGAGAGAUGCUUGCCUGGAGACGAGGCUCACUGUGGAGAUGGUGCUCUUGCAAGAGAUGCUAAAUUGGCAUACCCAAAAGGUGUGGCUGUAUCAGCGGACAAUGUGCUCUACUUUGCCGAUGGGACCAACAUUCGUAUGAUGGACCGUGAUGGAAUAGUGACUACCGUAAUCGGCAACCACAUGCAUAAAUCUCAUUGGAAACCCAUCCCGUGUGAAGGCACUCUUAACGUUGAAGAGGUACAUUUGCGGUGGCCAACAGAUCUUGCCAUCAAUCCUCUGGACAACUCUCUCCACAUAAUUGAUGACCACAUGAUCCUCCAGCUGACACCUGACGGCAGGGUGAAGGUAGUGGCAGGACGACCUCUCCACUGUCCAGCAAGAGGUCAUGAUUCCGAGUUGGCCACUAGAGCCACCCUCGUCAUGCCACAAAGCAUUGCCUUUGCACCAUCUGGCGACUUGUAUGUGGCCGAGAGUGACUCCCAGAGAAUCAACAGGGUUAGAGUCAUUGGUACUGAUGGGAAGAUAAGCCACUAUGCUGGGGCAGAAUCCAAAUGCAACUGUCUUGACAGAGGCUGUGACUGCUUUGAACAGGAUCAUUUUCUAGCAUCAAGCUCUAAGUUCAACACGAUCUCAUCAGUGGUUGUUGCACCUGAUGGCAUUCUGCAUAUUGCUGACCAAGCCAACUACAGGAUCCGCUCUGUAAUAGCCAGCAUUCCUGAGCCCACAGCCAACCGUGAAUAUGAAGUGUACUCACCAGAAACACAAGAGAUGUAUGUUUUCAACCGGUUUGGACAGCACAUUGCCACUAAGAACAUCCUAACAGGGGAAACCAGCUACCAGUUCUCUUACAAUGUCAACACGAGCAAUGGCAAAUUGAGCACGGUUACAGACACAGCUGGAAACAAAGUGUUCCUACUGAGAGACUACACAGGCCAGGUAAAUUCAAUAGAGAAUACCAAAGGGCAAAAGUGUCGCCUGCGGAUGUCUAGAAUGAAACUCCUGAUGGAGAUCAGUACUCCAGAUAACUACAAUGUCACUCUGGACUACCACGGGCCGACAGGUCUUCUGCGAAGUAAGCUGGAUUCAGCUGGCCGCUCAUACGUCUACUCAUAUGAUGAGUUCGGUCGCCUCACUGCAGCUGUGACUCCAACAGGCAAGGUGCUUCGGCUGGAGUUUGACCUCAGCGUUAAAGGAGCCGUUGUCAAAGUUACUCAUGAUGACAGACAACCUCUCUCCAUGCUCAUCAAGGGAUCUACUGUUGUUACUAAAUUAGGUGAAGCUGAGCAACGUACAGUGGUGGCAAGUGACGGCAGUGUAUCAACAGUUGCUCCAUGGGGUCACAUCGUCAGCACUGACACAGUGGCCUACUCGGUCUUGGCAGAUCCGGACCCAGUCCUGGCUGAGAGCUAUCCAGUGCCAGGCAAGCAACGGACUGAGAUUGGUGGUGACCUGGCCAAUCGGUUUGAAUGGCGCUAUUUCCUCAGGAGAGCACCAGGUGCCAAACCAAGGAGUCAAGGCAAAGCAGUGGUGCAGGUGGGCCGCAAGCUGAGAGUGAACGGAGAUAAUUUGUUAACUCUUGAAUACGACCGAGAGACAGGAACUGUGGCAGUCUUCAUGGAUGACAGGGUGGAGCUUCUCAAUGUUACCUACGAUCGCACAGCCAGACCAGUCAAAUGGGGACCCAGAAAUGGUGUAUUUGCUGGUGUUGAAUUGGAAUACGAUCGGUUCAGCCGACUGAGUACCUGGCGUUGGGGACAACUCAGUGAAAGUUACAGCUUCGACAGAUCAGGCAGGCUAGCAGAAAUCCGCUAUGCUGAUGGAACUUCAACACUGUAUGCCUUCAAAGACAUGUUCAGCAGCUUGCCUCUGAAGGUGACUACGCCACGAGGCAGUGACUAUCUGCUUCAGUACGAUGACGCCGGAGCUCUCCAGUCCUUGACAACACCACGAGGUCACAUCCACGCCUUCUCUCUGCAAACUUCUCUUGGAUUCUUCAAGUAUCAGUAUUACUCUCCCAUGAGUCGACACCCGUUCGAACUGCGAUACAAUGAUGAAGGUCAGGUCUUGGCCAAACUGUACCCUCACCAAUCUGGUCGAGUUGCUUACGUUUAUGACCAAUCUGGCAAACUAGAUACGGUAUUAGCUGGUCUUUCAUCAAUACAUUACACCUACCAAGAAAGCACAAGUCUGGUUAAAAAUAUAGACAUUAUUGAGCCUAGUUUUGAACUGAAGCACGAAUUCAAAUAUCACAUGGGAAUCUUGAAAGAUGAGAAAUUGAAGUUUGGAAGCAAAAGUGGCCUUCACAACACUAACUACAGAUAUGAGUAUGACGGCAACGCUAGAAUAUCAGGUGUGGAAGUUGACAUUGACGGAAAGGAACUGCCCAAGUUACGGAUGAAGUUCAGUCAGAACCUCGGUAUGCUGGAGGGUGUCAGUGAUCUUAGGAUUUACCGUAACACGUUCAACCGUUCCGUCAUGCAGGAUACCUCCAAACAGUUCUUCACCAUCACGGAGUAUGACUCGCAUGCUCGAGUCAAGUCAGUGCUAGUCAACAUCAAGUCUUUUGAUGUAUACAGGAUGGAGUUGGAGUAUGAUUCCCGGGGCCGCAUCAGUGCUCAGAAGCUGCUAAUUGGGCGCACAUCUUCCAUGGAGAGAAUAACAUACAGUGCUGAUGGACACGUGCUGGAAGUGGUCGGUACCAGUGACUGGAAGUUUGUGUAUGAUGAAAAUGGCAACAUUGUCAGCGUCAUGGAACAAGGCCAGAAGUUGACUUUGGGAUAUGACAGUGGUGACAGGGUUGUUCAGGUAGGUGACGUGGAACUGAAUGGAUACGAUGCACGAGGGUUUGUGGUGAGACGAGGAGAGACAAAACUGCGCUACAACUCACGUGGACAACUCAGUCAUGCAACUGAGCGAGAUCGUUUCACCGCAUGGUACCGGUACGAUGACCGUGGCCGCCUGCUCGCCUUACAGGAUGCACAAGGCAACAUCACUCAGUUCCUGUACGCCGACCCUCACUCACCAUACCUCCUCACUCAUCUGCACUAUCCCAAGACUGGACGAACAUUCCGAUAUUUGUAUGAUGAAAAGGAAGUCCUCGUUGCAGUAGAAACAUCAGAACAGAGAUUCUAUGUUGCGUCUGAUCAAAAUGGAUCACCUCUUGCAUUGUUCGACACCAAUGGAAACAUAAUCAAAGAACUGAGGAGGACACCUUUCGGCAGAAUAAUUCGUGAUUCCAACCCAGACUUUUUCCUGCCCAUCGACUACCAAGGGGGCAUCCCAGACCCACACACCAGUCUCCUCUACCUGAAACUGCGCUGGUACGACCCCUCUGUGGGCCAGUGGAUGACCCCAGACUGGGAGAGACUUGCUAAUCAGCUGACUGCUCCCACAGAUGUGUUUAUCUACCGCUUCCAUAACAACGACCCGAUCAACCCUGACAGCUCUCAACAGGUCAACUACAUGACUGAUCUGAGCAGUUGGUUGAAGAUUUAUGGUUAUGAUGUGAAACACAUGCUCGGAUCAUCCUACACACGUAAUAUGGUGUACCAACCCCAGGCUGUGGUCACCUCCCAGCAGUUGGCACCUGAUUUUGGGGUCAUGUCCGGACUCCAGUGUAUCGUUGACAAGGUAACCAACCAGUUUGGUUCCCUGGACUUUGUUCCCCAACCCCUCCUCAAGAUGGAGUCUCGAACUCGCAACCUGUUGCCGAGAGUAGCAUAUCGUCGCUCAGUGUUUGGUGAGGGGCUACUCAUUUCUCGUUCUGGCGGCCGAGCUCUGGUUUCCGUCGUAGAGGGAGUCAACAGUGUUGUGCAAGACGUUGUUACUUCCGUCUUCAACAACUCGCACUUCCUUGACCUUCAUUUUACACAACAUGAUCAGGACCUCUUCUAUUUUGUCAAGGACAAUGCUUUAAAAUUAAGGGAUGACCUGGAGGAGCUGCGCAGGCUUGGUGGUAUGUUCAACGUAUCAACCCACGAGACAGCCGAUGGCAAAGAGCUUCGACUCCACAGUGCAGAUGCAGUGGUCUCCAUUCGCUACGGUGCAGAUCCACAGCAGGAGAGACACCGUCUACUGAAGCACGCUCAUAAACGAGCAGUUGAGCGAGCAUGGGAGUUGGAGAAGGCAUUAAUCACGUCUGGUCUGAGUGGAAGAGGAGAGUGGACCGAGGAAGAGAGAGAGGAAUUGACCUUGAGGGGUAGGGUUGAAGGCUACGAGGGGACUGACAUCCACAAUGUUCAGCGAUACCCGCAGCUGGCUGAUGACCCAGGCAAUGUCACUUUCAGGAAAGAUGCCAGACGAAAAAGAAAAAGACGAACUCACCGACACGACGAUUCGACGUGAGCCAGUAUCCAAAUAAUUAAAGUACUGUGAUAGAACUAUACGGGGAAAUUGACUCCCAAAUAUGCUGUUAAGAAUCACAGUUAUCGGGGCAAUAUUAAGUUAUAAAGUUAUUCAGAUUUUAAGAACUGCAGUAAUUGUAACUUUAAUCGUGUAUAGUUUUUGGUUCGUCGUUUUAUAUACUUUUGUAUUCUAGCUCCGUACUAGGACUGACGUUUCUUAUUUAAUGUGUAAAGUUAAUUUGUGAAUAAUCAAAUGACUGUGUAUAUUUUAUACACCAGUCCUUUAUUUUUGUAUAAGGUAAUAAGUACCCGGCCAUGUUAGUGCUGUGGAUACUGCUAUAAGUCUGAGUUUCCGGCGUUGUGAUUGGUGAAUGGUGCUGAUAUUUUCACUGGGCUUGAAUGUGUUUCCUUUCAAUUGAUACACGAACACUCUACGCAGGUGAUUUUAUUUGUUUACUGUACUUAGUUAGCUGCUAUAGGAUGCUCAUUCACGAACACAGACAGUUUUAUAAAAAAGUUUGCAAACACAGUGGAUGCAAAGUGAAGUGAACUACUUUUUAAAAGAAACAAAAAUGUUUUUAGUUACCAAAGAAGUGAAUUGAAGUGAGUAAUAUUUGAUAAGAAAUGUGGAUAAGAUUUUGAUAUUCUGUAUAUAAGGACUUAGCUAAGGGAUUAUGACAAUCCAGUGUUCUCUGACUUUAUUUGGUGAUUUCGUGACGAAAUCUCACUUGAAACGGCCUAUUUUAAUUAUUUACUUACUUUACUGACUGGCUCCAUGUUCUCUUUUACUUUACCAUAUCAGCUAGUGAUCUACAAAUCACAGUGCAUGUUGUUCUACUGUGUUACUCAUUUAACUAAUAAGUUAUUACUAUAAAUUUAAAGUAUUUAAUGAUGAUCCUGCCAUAUUCCACUAAGUUUCUUUCUUGUUAUUGAGAAAGUCAAAGCCACAAAAUAGUGAUGUAAACUUUCCUGUUGUUAAUCAUGAACUACUUUUGUUUGUCAUCUAAUAUGUGUUUUUAAUAAGAGAUUCAAAUAAGUUUAAUCGUUUAAAAGUAUAUUAGUGCGUGUUGAUGGCAUUUUGUUGUAUUCUUUUAUUAAUCAAACUAUAAAGUCUAUUUUAAUUACAACAGAAAAUCCAUGUAAUACUGUGUUGAAAAUCUGAAUGGCACACUACUACUUAUUGUUUUUAUAUGUACCGUUUCAGUACUUUAUUGUUUGAUAGAAGAGUACAUGUCAUGAAUAUUCUGUAAUAUAUAAUUUCAGUAAAUAGUAUAAAAGAGCAUUACUUCAAUGCACUUUAAAGUAGCUCCCUACUGAUCAACUAAACGUAUAGCAUAACUUUUUACAUAACUUCUUAAAUAUAUGAAACAGCUUCAAAAUCUACACAUUUGAUUGGAAAAGGUUUAAAUAUAAAGAGCUUUCCCACCUCAUGUCAUAUCUUAAAAAAUGAAAACUACAUUGCAAAUGUAUUGAGAAAUUUCCCUUGUUUCUGGACUGAUUAUCAUCAUGGAAUAAUAUAACAUUAGACAGUUAGUGUGACAGGAAAUAAACAUAGACUGACAAUAAACUCACUUUCUAUUUUGACUCAUAACUAUUUUGUUGAAAUGAUAUUUACUAAGCAUAAAUAUGAUGAUUUGUUAAAAACGUUAUGCAAUAAUUUGUUUGUACAUUUUAAAGGUUGAAUAUCUCAAGUAUCAGUCUAUCUCUAUAUCCAGUCCAGAUAAUAGUUAAGUUACUGUAGCUCUCUCUUCUCACUACACUAAAUGUGGCUGAAGCUAGACUGGUAGUACCAGAUACAAUAGUGUUCCUUGUAGCCAAUCCUUCCUACUCAUGGUUCCUUUACUCGUUAAUAAGUUUGUUGCUUUCGAUUUGAUUAUAUUGGUGUUACGUCAUUUUAUUAAAGUGUUUUAAACAUUGUAUGUUGAAUCGUCUUAAUUUUUAAGCUUCUCACUGAAUGAAAAUUAGUUUGUCUUGUUUUUGAAUAUGGUUCUUGACUUGAAUUCUUUUGUAACAGAGGUAAUAUAUAGACUAGAAAACAAAUUAAACACUACACUAUAAUGAAGCAAUAAUUGGUUUCAUAACAAUUAAUACAACUUUUUUCAUUUUGAACUGUGUUAUUAUGGUGCCUUAAAAUAAUUCAGUUGAGCAAAUAGAGCAAUUCUCAUAAUUUUAUUUUGAACAUUAGAGUCGAAUGUCUAGAAGUCCUUUAAUGCAUUUACGUUUAUUUUAAUAUUCUACAUCUUAUUAAAAUCAUUUAUUUUUCUUUUGACUAUUUAGUCAAAAAUCCAGUUCAAAAUAAAUGUAGAGUAGUUAAAAUAUUACAGUAAUACUGUAUACUAGAUUUUAUAAUUUUCAUGCUCUCAUUUAAUUUUUCUAAUUUAUUUACUCUGGUUUUCAGUUAAAUGAAAAUUUAUUUUUUAAGGUUCAAGUAAAUGAUCCAGUUACAUGAUAUUUAUACAAUGCUUUGAACUGUAGUACAUUUGAAACAAUUUUAACUAUUUGAAAUUUAAAUAUCAUAUUACAUUUUGCUCUUUAAUCCAAACACUUAGCUAUAGUUUUGUUACCAUAAUUUUGUAUUUCUACUUUUUAACACUUCAAUCAUUAAUCUAUUCAGAAACAAGACCAGCUUACAGUUGAAAUGUUAUCUUAUUUAAAUGUUUACAGCAUUUUUCAACAUUUUAAUUUAUGACUUAAUUUUUUUUAUUGUAAGAACAUGUAAAAGUAAUAAUAAUGUAAGAAAGAGAAUACGAAGCAUGAUAUUAAAUGUUGAGAUUCGCACAAGACUCCAGAGCUUGUGAGGAAGUGGAGUGUGUGGCGUGCGUUGUUCUGUAUAAAUCGUGUUGUUAAUGUUGACUACGACAAGCAAUACUUAUAACUACUUUAAGCUCCUAUUGAUAUGUGUAAAUUAUAUUGAUUUGUUUGUGCAAUUUUAUAUCAUGGUUACUGUUAUUAAAUCAUUUUAUUUUAUGACAGGAUUAGAUAUUCUACAAUGGAAAGGAUAUGCCAGGUUGUUUUACCACCAAAGAUUUAUAUGUUUUGUGCCGUCAUUAACUGAAUUUUAUGUUAUAUAUAUAUAUUAUAUAUAUAUAUAUAUAUAUAUAUAGCAAAAAUUAGCAUGUCGACUGCAGUAGACACUAUAUUGCAUUAAAAGUUUUCACUAAAUAUAGAACCAGUUCUGUAAUGAAGGCUUAUUCAAUGCUGGACACCAUUCAGUGUAUUUUUAUGAUACUGGGAGAUAAAGGUUAUUUGGAUUGAGUAACCACAGUGGAAGAUAGUUUUGUUGCAAAUCAACAUAACAAAAUGUAAUAACAUUUUAUUUUGUAAUGGUAAACCUUCAUAGUAAAAAUCACGACAUUUGUGGUAUCAAACCCAUCUGUUCCUUUGUUAUAAGUGUGUUACAUUUAUGUAUAUUUUUACCCAAUCUCAUAAAUUAUUAUGAAUGUUAAAAUGUUUAUAUAUUUAGGUCAAAAUAUUUUUUAAAUGGGUACCUAUGGUAUUAUAUAGUUUUAAUAAUUUUCUAUCAAUCCUUCAAUUUUUAUUUUUAUUGACUAGAGCUUUAUGUGUCUUGUCGUAGCAUAUUUUAUAUUUUAUAAAA